CUCGUGACUCGCCGGCGGGUCGAGGUCAGGGCGCCGGGCUCACCUCGACCGUUCGACUCCGCGAUGGUCGAGGAGGCAGCCCCGCCGCGCCGUCGGCAGGCGUUCGCCGAUGAGAACCUCUACCUGGAGCCCGUGCUGGCCCCGUUCCUGAGGAGGACGGAGGUGCCUCUGGCCAACCGGCUGCCUGACAACGUGGUCGUUACUCUGGAGAAGGCAGCCCUAUGGAAGGCGUUCUGUGCUCGGACCAAUGAGAUGAUCGUGACCCGCAAGGGACGGAAGAUGUUUCCCACCAUCCGACUGAAGAUUGAGGGCCUCGAGAAAACCUGUCUGUACGCCAUGGUACUGGAAUUCACUCAGCUUUACGACAUCAAGUUCCGCUACAUCCACGGUGACUGGAAGCCGACGGCCACAGCUCGGGCGGACCCGCCGCUCACCGCCUGCUACGUCCAUCCCAAGUCGUACCAGCUGGGCGAGUUCUGGAUGAACGAGCCCAUCUGCUUCGACGACGUCAAGAUCACCAACGACAAGACGGUCGGACCGGCCAUGGUUCCUGCGAUCGGUUCCGUCCUCCUCUAG